AUGCCCCAGGUAGGUGGCAGGCCACUCAGCCGCCUGGAGAGGUCACAGUGGGGGAUGAGGAGGACACCUGGGUCUUCACUUCCACCUUGCCCGACAGCCUCCCACUGGGUGAGCCUGGCCAAGCCGGCAGCCUCCUGGGUGCCCGUUUCUCUUUCUGGUCCUGGCACUGCCUACCAAAGGGAAAAGAUGUUCUUCCCAGUAUGCACCUUCCCUAGUCACUGGUCCAGGGGAUCAGGGGCAGUUAGCAAAGACAGGUCCCCCUCUCCAACACGGCACCAGGCCCAUAUUCUGGUGCCGCUGAAAAUCCAGCUCCGCAGAGUCCCUGACUCCUUCAGCCAGCAGAUGCCUGAAACAAGCCACCUGACCCGGGUGGGGCCUGACAUCCAGCGCUGGCCUGAGUUGUGGGGGAUGGACUCCCUGCAGAAGCAGGACCUCCGGAGGCCCAAGAUCCAUGGGGCAGUCCGGGCAUCCCCCUACCAGCCGCCCACGUUGGCUUCGCUACAGCGUUUGCUGUGGGUCCGUCAGGCUGCCAUGCUGAACCACAUCGACGAGGUGUGGCCCAGCCUCUUCCUGGGAGAUGCGUACGCAGCCCGGGACAAGAGCAAGCUGACCCAGCUGGGAAUCACCCACGUUGUGAAUGCCGCUGCGGGCAAGUUCCAGGUGGACACAGGUGCCAAGUUCUACCGUGGAAUGUCCCUGGAGUACUAUGGCAUCGAGGCAGAUGACAACCCCUUCUUUGACCUCAGUGUCUACUUUCUGCCAGUUGCUCGAUACAUCCGAGCUGCCCUCAGUAUUCCCCAAGGCCGCGUGCUGGUACACUGUGCCAUGGGGAUAAGCCGCUCUGCCACACUUGUCCUGGCCUUCCUCAUGAUCUACGAGAACAUGACACUGGUAGAAGCCAUCCAGACGGUGCAGGCCUACCGCAAUAUCUGCCCUAACUCAGGCUUCCUCCAGCAGCUCCAGGUUCUGGACAACCGACUGGGGCGGGAGACGGGGCGGCUCUGAUCUGGCAGGCGGUCAGGAUCCCUGACCCUUGGCCUGACGCCACCAGCCUGGCCCUGGGGACAGCAGGCUCUGCUGUUCCUAGUGACCCUGAGAUGUAAACAGCGAGUGGGGGCUGAGGCAGAGGCAGGGAUAGCUGGGUGGUGACCUCUUAGCAGGUGAAUUUCCCUGACCCAAUCCAGAGAUUCUUUAUGCAAAAGUGAGUUCAGUCCAUCUCUAUAAUAAAAUAUUCAUCAUCAUAAAGACA